AUGGUGAUAACACUGCAGGAGACGACGGCUACCAAUUUGAAAAGCAAGCAAAAGCGCGCCACAAAGAGCGUGGCGAUUUGCGUGGUCGGAAUCGAAGAUUUCGAGCGUUCCACGAUUCUUGCUCCGAUUCCGUGGUUUCGUCUUGGUGUGUAUCCCAACCAUGGCACGUUUGCCGGUGUUAUCAGCGUUAGGUCUUUCCGGUCACCCCGGACCCCGGAAGCCAGAUCACGAAGUCUUCGGGGUGUCACCCAAGCAGCACAGCAGAUGCGAAGUUGGGCGCACCUCGAGCAAACUCCACCGGGGAGCUGGAGCUUCAAAACGAGCCUACAAAUUGAAACCCUACACCGACCGACCACGGUGUCGAGUCCCACGUGAACGGGGAAGGGCACAUUUUAAGGUGUCGCGUCCUCAUUGCAGCC